CUCAGAACCCAUGAAACUCCAUUAAGCAAAAUCAGAACAACAAUGAAGACUUUCCAUCUCCAUGGUAAGUCAUGUUGCUCUUGGUUUUUACUAGGUCUUCUGGCUCUUGUAGCUUCCCUUGCUUCAGGUGCAGGGAUACAUUUCCAUGAAUUUGUUAUUCAAGCUAGGCCAGUGAGGAGGCUGUGCAAAACCCAAAACAUAGUCACUGUCAAUGGACAGUUCCCAGGACCAACUGUGGAAGCUAGAAACGGAGAUUAUAUCAUAAUCAGAGUAGUAAAUGCAGCACAGUACAACAUCUCCAUCCACUGGCAUGGGUUAAGGAUGAUGAGAAAUCCAUGGGCAGAUGGGCCGAGUUAUGUGACUCAGUGUCCUAUCCAACCAGGGGGAAGUUACACGUACAGAUUUAGAAUCAGAGAUCAAGAAGGGACACUAUGGUGGCAUGCUCACACUGGCUUCCUAAGAGCCACUGCUUAUGGAGCUUUCAUCAUAUAUCCCAGAUUGGGUUCUUCAUAUCCCUUUUCUAUGCCUAAGCAAGAAUAUCCCAUCCUUCUUGGGGAAUGGUUUGAUAGGGAUCUUGUGCUUCUCAAAAGGCAAGCAGACUUUACAGGAUUACCUCCAAAUACAUCUGUUGCGUUCACCAUUAACGGCCAACCUGGUGAUCUUUACAGAUGCUCAAGACAAGAAACUGUGCGUGUUCGAGUAGAUGCUGGGGACACAAUUAUGUUGAGAAUCAUCAGCAGUGCACUCAACCAAGAACUCUUCUUCUCCAUUGCCAACCACACUAUGACUGUAGUUGGUACAGAUGCAGCAUACACCAAGCCCUUCAGAACCAAACUCCUUGUGAUAGGACCUGGCCAGACAUUCAAUGUCCUAGUCACAGCUGAUCAACCCCCAGGACUCUACUACAUGGCAGCUCAUGCCUAUGAAUCAGCUAGGAAUGCACCCUUUGACAACACCACCACCACAGCAAUCCUUGAAUACAGAUCAACAAAACUCACUAACCAAAACAGACCAAGAUCACCAAUUCUACCAGCUUUGCCACCCUUCAAUGAUACACCUACAGCAACUGCAUUCACUGCUGGCAUCAAGGGUCUUACCAAGGUUAAGGUCUUUAACAGAGUUGAUGUGAAUCUAUACAUUAUAGUUGGGUUGGGGUUGAUCAACUGCACAAAUCCUAAUAGUCCUAGGUGUCAAGGACCAAAUGGAACCCGCUUCACAGCCAGCAUGAAUAAUGUAUCUUUUGUGCUCCCAACCACCACUUCCUUAAUGCAAGCAUACUAUGAAGGAAUGCGUGGUGUAUUCACCACAGACUUUCCUCCUGUUCCUCCUUUACAAUUUGAUUACACUGGCAAUGUGCCACGAGGGCUAUGGACACCUUCUCCAGGAACUAAGCUCUACAAGCUGAAGUAUGGCUCCAAGGUGCAAAUUGUUCUUCAGGGCACAAGCAUGGUGACCAGUGAGGAACACCCUAUGCAUGUUCACGGAUACCACUUCUUUGUAGUUGGUUCAGGUUUUGGCAACUUCAACCCAGCAACCGAUCCCCUCAAGUUCAACCUUGUUGAUCCCCCUGUGAGGAACACUAUUGGAACACCUCCUGGAGGAUGGGUGGCCAUUCGUUUUGUGGCAGAUAAUCCAGGAAUUUGGUUUGUACAUUGUCACAUAGACUCACAUCUGAAUUGGGGUUUGGGAAUGGCUCUUCUGGUAGAAAAUGGAGUUGGCCUUUCACAGUCAGUAAAACCACCACCGCCAGAUCUACCCCAAUGUUAAUAUUAAUAAAGUAACAUUAGUUAAUAAAUUUACUGUUCUGUAUUGCGAGUUCUUCAAGGAUUUGCCAAACAGACAAAAUGGCUUUAUGCAGUUCCCAAUACCAGAAUUAGACGAUUCUUAAUUGAGCUGUAUGUUGAUUAGGUGGCUUUCUAAUCCUAUAUUAAGAAAAUUACAAAAAUAAAUGAUUUCUUAUCAUUACUAUUCUCAUUGUAAUUCCAUGUCCAUUCUUCAAGAAUUGAGAAAAACUAUUUCAUUCUGAAAA